GUUUCCUGACGGAGUAUCUUCAGUGGGACGUCACAUGCGACAGUACUGUUUACAGAGCAGGAUAACAUGAGUUGAACGUGCUUUCGAGGGUAUUUUAUGUGAAUAGUUUUACAUUGAGGUAUCAAUGCUACCGUUUAGACAUGGAGAUUUUGGGCAGCAACUUCGACGACUCCGUGUUUGCGGAAACAAGAAAUAGGGUCUCGGUCGUUCUUCCUUCUUACAAUGCUAAGUUCUGUGAAGCUCAGUGGUUCUGUGAAGAUGCUGAUACCGACGAUAUGUUGGAGAAACAGAAAGUCUACAAAUUUCGGGCCGACCUGGCAUACAGACGGAAACAGUACCAGACUGCCUUAAGUGACUACACAACUUGCCUGUCACUUAUCCCUGUUGGUGGGAAUAUGGCAAUCAAGCGGGAUGUGCUUGAGGGGAUGGCGCGCUGCAGUUGUCAACUUGGCAGACCAGAGCAAGCUCAGGAACUAACGGAAAAACUUAGGAAAGAGGCAUCAAACACCUGCCAGCUCAGCUGCGUCCUAGCAAUGGAACUGAGCAUCGCAGAGAGUCUCGGCAACGGCAGGGCUGCCGUCGGCCUCAUGCAGCAGCUGUGCUCCCUCCACCCGUUCAACCCCUGGCACUGGCUCAAGCUUGCCGCAGUCUGCCAUGCCCGGCUGGACUCCCUCGGCGCCACCGCUUCACCUGGCGCCUCUUCAGCCGAUCCGGUCACGGGUCCUUUGAGGUCCGAGGAGGAGACGGGGCCAAUGGAGCCUCAGAGGGAGAAGAGGGAGCUCUGGUUGAAGGCCUGCAUGGGUUUCAUUCGAACAAGGCUGCUGGUGGCCAUACUGCGGAUCCAGCAGUCCUCUUUCGUGCUGCAGACCAGCGAGCGAGCAGUGCUGGAGGCGGACGAGGCCCUGCUGAGGCUGGAGCCCUCGGAGAGAACCGUCCAGGUCAUUGAAGAGGUGAUGUCAGAAGAUCUCAACCCGGAGACAAUGAGGGAGGAGAACCAUGAUGGGGAGAGUCUCGUUGGCCUCAGCGUGAAGGACUUCGAGGAGCACUGGUGGGACGGGCUGGUGUGUGCAGGCUUGCUGAAGGAGGAAGAGGGACCAGGCAGUGGUACAGAGGACAGGACACAGGAGGCCAGGUGACGAGGUGCUCCAGAAGACACACUUAAUGUAUUUAUUUAGUAGUUUAAAUAUUUACAUGCAUAUCUCAUGUUUGUAAGGGUCAGCAGACCUGGAAUGAGUAAAGAUUGUACGAGUACAUUUUCAUGGAAUGGUGCUGUUGGAUUGUUUUUAUGUUUUCAGGCAUAUAAGCAUAAAUUAAUGUAUUUUAUCUUUUUUUAAGUUCUGUAAUAAAGAGCCUGCCCAAC